CCUUGCCUAAAAAAAAGUACUAGUACGUACUCUGCUAGUCUUGGCCAGAUUCCUACUGUGGUUCCGUCUCCCUAGGUUAGCCCUAGCCGGCGGCGCCGCGCCGACUAUAUUGACCCAAACACGGAUCGAGAGAGAGAGAGAGAGAGAGAGGGAGAGUAACAUCCUAUAGAGAACUCAUCAUGGGGUUGAUGGCGCUGAAUCGGCGGAUGUCCACGCAGCAGGAGCAGCAGCGAAAUCAUGUCCGUAUCGAAGCCGAUAAUUGUAGUUCUCAUUCGUGUUCCUGCAAAAAAAUGUUAUGACCCAACCUCAGAGAUGAGAGAAGAUAAUUGGGGAAAAGGGGAGUACCGGUGAAGAACAGCAGGGAUGAGGAAGAGGACGUCAUAGAAUUCACUUUAUCAUUCCUUCUCAAGUUGAUGGACACAGGGCUUAUAACGGAAAACCUACUGGUCAGCUCAUCUCACCCUACACCCACACGACCUACACACAGGAAUACGGCAGCAAACUGGUUGACUUCACCAUCUUGCUCUGCUCGCUUUCUUCUUCAGGCGACAUUGCAAUGUCACCUGGUGUGACAUUGCCGCCCCCUUGAGGUUCAGCUUGUCCCAAGCUGAAGCUGACAGAUAGCGCCUGCGGAGCACAUUGUAGUCUUCCCAUGUCGCCAUAGUAGCUGGAAGCAAGUUCCACUGCACAAGUUCCUGCAAGUACACUGCGUUACCUUUCUUCACGAGACAGUGGUCGAGCCCAUGUUCAGGUUGCAAGUCCACACUAUCCAAUUCCAGUGGUGUAGGGAUCGAAGUAAACACAGGAGUAUGAUCAGGGCUGUGAGGCUUGAGCUGAGAGACGUGAAACACUGGGUGAAUCAAACUUCCUUCUGGCAAUUCCAGGUGAUACACCAGCGGUCCAACUCACUCCAGAAUCUUAUAAGGACCAAAGCAAGUUUAGGAUAAGGGCACUGGACAACAGAGUUCUGAAUAUAUGGCUGAUGUUUUGAGUUACACUUGAUCCCCCACUUGUGAACUCAUGGUCACUGUGCUUACUGUCGGCCAUAUGCUUCAUGCCCAACUGUGCUUCAGAUAAUGCAACAACAAUAACAACAACCACAACAACAACGACAAAGCCUUUAGUCCCAAACAAGUUGGGGUAGGCUAGAGGUGAAACCCAUAAGAUCUCGCGACCAACUCAUUGUUCUGGCACGUGGAUAGCAAGCUUCCACGCACCCCUGCCCAUGCUUCAGCUAAAUGCUCUUCCAGGAAAUCUGGAUCAUCUUGUCAAUCCUGAAGUGUGGUCACCACAUCAGGAGUUCAGGACUGGAAUUGGCAGAAAAUCUCAUACAUCUUCUUAAAAGAUUGCAACCACAAGGCGGCAUCGUCAACCAUGUGCAUUGAGGUGCCAGUUACCUUGAAUCCAUCAGGUAUUUGGUACAGCUUGAAGUAGUCGUUGCACUGGUCGAUCCAAAUCAACGUUUGUUGCCAUUGGAGCGAGCAAGGUCUGUCUUUGGCAUCCACUGCUUCCACUGCUUGCUCCCGCCUGGAUCACCUGAAUCAUAGACCGGCGAGGCUGCUGCACUGGCAUACAGAGUUGCUGGCCACUGAUUGAAGAGCUGUUGUAGCGGGGGAGAUGGUGGACGUGGCAGCGCACCCAUGAUGCUGGAUGCAUCUCGUGCCGAUGGAUGGAAUGCUUCAUCAUUAUCUAAAAGAAACAGCCCAGCCUGCCAACAGGAUCAUUCUCAUGGUGGAAAAAAAGCAAGAUAUCUGGGUCCAGACCUUCCAGAGGACAUUUGGUGUCAUAUACAUUCCCUACUGCCAAUGAAAGACGCUGCCCGUACCGCUUGUGUUUCUCAUUCCUUUCUGUGCUCCUGGAGAUCCCAUCCCAAUCUCACCCUGACAAAUGAGACCAUGUGCCCGAAAACAAAUUUAAAAACAGUGGGACCGAAUGUUAUUACAGACCACAACAACAAAAUUGGUCGUGUUCUAAUGAACCACUCAGGCGCUGGCGUGAAGACAUUCAGACUUGAGUACUUUGUUCCUUGUGAUGCAGAAUCAUAUCAUUGUCUCGAUAAUUGGCUUCAGAUUGCUGUUACACCAAUGAUUGAAGAACUUGACCUUGUAGUAUGGCCAAAAGAGGCAACAUUUUCAUCACAAAAAAGAAAGGAAGCGGCCAUGUUUAACUUUCCAUGCACACUUCUAUCUGACAUGUGUCGAGACUCGAUUUGGAAUCUUCGCCUUGUCAAUUGUGCCUUACAUCCGUCAUUUCAACUUGGUUUCAGAAGCUUGAAAAGGCUUGAUCUGCAUAAUGUGCAUAUUACGGGGGAUGAAUUGGGGUCCCUUCUGUCUAGUUCCUUUGCUUUGGAAUGGUUGAAGCUUGUAUAUUGUGAUGAUAUAGUUCGCCUCGAAAUACCUUGCCUGCUGCAGCGGUUCAGGUUCCUGGAGGUGUUUGCAUGCUCGGGCCUUGAAGUGAUAGAGAACAAAGCUCCAAAUAUCUCCAGAUUUUGGUUUACAGGUAAAGAAGUGCAAAUUGCACUUGGAGAGUCCCUGAAAGUGAAGAACCUGAAGUUGGACCAUAGCUGUUCCAUCAGUUAUGCUAUCAACACCCUUCCUUCCAGUGUGCCGAACCUUGAGAAACUUACCAUAAAUUCCGGGCGUGAGGUAGUCAAUGCACCAAUGGCACCUAUCAAGUUCCUCCACCUCAAGGUGUUGAGUAUUAAUUUUUUUGGAAGCUAUUUCCACCGGGACUACGAUUAUUUAUCAUUUGUUUCUUUUUUCGAUGCUUCUCCUUCGCUGGAGACUUUUCGCUUAUAUGUCGGAAGGCAAUCCACGUAUGACUCGUUUGAGGGAGAUUCCUCAUCCCUGAGGCGAAUUACAGAACGCUGCCAUGGCAAACUGAAGAGUGUGAAGAUCACUGGUUUCUGCCCCCAAAAGAGCAUGCUUGAGCUAACAUGUCACAUUCUUGAGAACGCAGUGUCACUUAGGCACCUUACACUGGAUGCUAGUCCUGUUAAUUAUCGGUGUUUUGGCAAUAUAUCGCGUGGGAAAUGCUUUCCAAUGGAAACAACAUAUAUAAGGGAGGCGCAUAAAUCAAUCUUGGCUGUGAGAACAUACAUUGAGGGGAGAGUACCCUCUAAAGUCAAGUUCAAUGUUCUGGAGCCUUGCAGCCGGUGUCAUGCUUUGUGAAAUUUUCAGGUGUCAAAUAACAUUAUGUUGUUUUAGUUGUGUUGUGCUUUACUUUCUUAAAAGUCAAUAACAUUUGGGGUCUGUGAUAUUACAUUUAUUAAUAACUUAUUACCAGAUUGUUCAGUGUA